UCAUUUGAACAGAGAGGCGCUGUUUUUGCUCUCUCUCAGCGUUCUUGUUCCUUCUUUGCUUGCUCUCGCUACCGUGCUUCUCAGUGUUACAAUGGAGGAUUACAACGAAUACGAACAGCAAUACGUAGAUGAAGAUGAUGACGAGGAUAUCACCCAGGAGGACGCUUGGGCCGUCAUCUCCGCCUACUUCGAGGAGAAAGGUCUCGUGCGUCAACAGCUCGAUUCUUUCGACGAGUUCAUUCAGAACACGAUGCAGGAAAUUGUUGAUGAAUCCGCUAAUAUCGAGAUCCGACCAGAGUCGCAGCACAAUCCCGGUCACCAGUCUGAUUUCGCUGAGACAAUCUACAAGAUCAGCUUUGGCCAGAUUUAUUUGAGUAAACCAAUGAUGACAGAGUCUGAUGGAGAGACUGCAACCUUGUUUCCCAAGGCUGCGAGGUUGAGGAAUCUCACGUAUUCUGCACCAUUGUAUGUAGAUGUUACUAAGAGAGUUAUCAAGAAAGGCCAUGAUGGUGAGGAAGUUACGGAAACACAGGAUUUUACCAAAGUUUUUAUUGGCAAGGUUCCUAUUAUGCUUCGGUCUAGCUAUUGUACCUUGUAUCAGAAUUCGGAGAAAGAUUUAACAGAGCUAGGGGAGUGCCCCUACGACCAAGGUGGAUACUUUAUAAUUAAUGGGAGUGAAAAAGUUCUUAUUGCUCAGGAAAAGAUGAGCACAAAUCAUGUUUAUGUUUUCAAGAAGAGGCAACCGAAUAAAUACGCCUAUGUAGCUGAAGUUCGUUCCAUGGCUGAGAACCAAAAUAGGCCUCCAAGCACAAUGUUUGUUCGUAUGCUUUCUCGAGCCAGUUCCAAAGGGGGGUCGUCUGGGCAGUAUAUUCGCUGCACCCUUCCAUACAUCAGAACUGAAAUUCCUAUUAUCAUUGUGUUUCGAGCAUUAGGAUUUGUUGCGGAUAAGGACAUAUUGGAACACAUUUGCUAUGAUUUUUCCGAUACUCAGAUGAUGGAAUUGCUCCGGCCUUCCUUGGAAGAAGCCUUUGUUAUUCAAAAUCAACAGGUUGCGCUUGACUAUAUAGGGAAACGUGGAGCAACUGUCGGAGUAACCAGGGAUAAGAGGAUAAAGUAUGCUAAAGAUAUCCUUCAGAAAGAAAUGCUUCCUCAUGUUGGAACUGGGGAUUUUUGUGAGACGAAGAAGGCAUAUUAUUUUGGGUAUAUCAUACACCGUUUGCUGCUUUGUGCUAUUGGCCGGAGGCCAGAAGAUGACAGGGAUCAUUAUGGCAACAAAAGGCUGGAUCUUGCCGGUCCUUUACUUGGAGGCUUGUUUAGAAUGCUUUUCAGAAAGCUGACAAGGGAUGUUAGAUCUUAUGUACAGAAGUGUGUUGACAAUGGAAAGGAUGUCAAUCUUCAAUUUGCUAUUAAGGCUAAGACUAUCACAUCUGGCCUCAAAUAUUCUCUUGCUACUGGGAAUUGGGGGCAAGCGAAUGCUGCUGGUACCAGAGCUGGAGUCUCGCAGGUGUUAAAUCGAUUAACAUAUGCUUCCACUUUGUCACACUUAAGGCGGUUGAAUUCUCCUAUAGGACGUGAAGGAAAAUUGGCAAAACCGCGACAACUGCACAACUCACAGUGGGGAAUGAUGUGCCCUGCUGAAACGCCUGAAGGACAGGCUUGUGGUCUGGUGAAAAACUUGGCACUCAUGGUCUACAUAACAGUUGGGUCAGCUGCCUACCCCAUAUUGGAAUUUUUGGAAGAAUGGGGUACUGAAAAUUUUGAGGAAAUCUCUCCAGCAGUUAUUCCCCAGGCAACUAAAAUUUUUGUUAAUGGAUGUUGGGUUGGAAUUCAUCGAGAUCCUGAUAUGUUAGUAAAAACAUUGAGACGUUUGAGAAGACGGGUUGAUGUUAACACUGAAGUCGGUGUUGUUAGAGAUAUUCGUCUCAAGGAGCUCCGGAUUUAUACCGACUAUGGCAGGUGCAGUCGUCCAUUAUUCAUUGUUGAGAAUCAGUCGCUUCUAAUAAAGAAGAAGGAUAUCUAUGCUUUGCAACAAAGGGAAAGCUCUGAAGAAGGUGGCUGGCAUGACCUUGUAGCAAAGGGUUUUAUAGAAUAUAUAGAUACAGAGGAAGAAGAGACGACGAUGAUUUCCAUGACUAUCAAUGAUCUGGUACAAGCUAAAUUGCGCCCUGAAGAAGCUUAUUCUGAUACUUAUACACACUGUGAGGUUCACCCAUCGUUGAUAUUGGGUGUAUGUGCUUCAAUUAUUCCGUUUCCUGACCAUAAUCAGUCACCUCGUAACACAUACCAAUCUGCCAUGGGUAAGCAAGCGAUGGGCAUAUAUGUCACCAACUACCAAUUCCGCAUGGAUACUCUGGCCUAUGUUCUCUAUUACCCUCAGAAGCCUCUUGUUACUACAAGGGCUAUGGAGCAUCUUCACUUUAGGCAGCUUCCAGCUGGCAUUAAUGCUAUUGUAGCCAUUUCAUGCUACUCUGGUUAUAACCAAGAAGAUUCAGUCAUUAUGAACCAAUCUUCAAUAGAUCGUGGUUUCUUCCGAUCUCUGUUCUUCCGUUCAUACAGAGAUGAGGAGAAAAAGAUGGGAACCCUUGUCAAAGAAGACUUUGGGCGGCCUGAUAGAGCUAAUACCAUGGGAAUGCGGCAUGGCUCUUACGAUAAGUUAGAUGAUGAUGGUCUUGCUCCUCCUGGUACAAGAGUUUCGGGUGAAGAUGUAAUUAUUGGAAAGACCACUCCGAUAUCUCAAGAUGAGGCUCAGGGGCAGUCGUCUCGUUACACAAGACGGGAUCACAGCAUAAGCUUGCGUCAUAGUGAAACUGGCAUAGUGGAUCAGGUAUUAUUGACGACAAAUGCAGAUGGUUUGAGGUUUGUGAAAGUUAGGGUAAGAUCUGUUAGAAUUCCUCAGAUUGGGGACAAGUUUAGUAGUAGACAUGGACAGAAGGGAACAGUUGGCAUGACCUACACUCAAGAGGAUAUGCCCUGGACCGCUGAAGGCAUCACUCCCGACAUUAUCGUGAAUCCACAUGCCAUUCCAUCUCGUAUGACGAUCGGGCAGCUUAUUGAGUGUAUCAUGGGCAAGGUGGCGGCCCACAUGGGCAAGGAAGGAGAUGCUACUCCUUUUACAGAUGUCACGGUGGAGAACAUCAGCAGAGCUCUGCAUAAAUGUGGGUACCAACAGCGUGGAUUUGAGAGAAUGUACAAUGGUCACACAGGCAGACCACUCACAGCUAUGAUAUUCCUUGGACCAACAUAUUACCAGAGAUUGAAGCACAUGGUUGACGACAAGAUCCACUCUCGUGGACGAGGUCCAGUCCAGAUCCUCACGAGGCAGCCAGCGGAGGGACGAUCUCGUGAUGGUGGUCUCCGUUUUGGAGAAAUGGAACGCGACUGUAUGAUUGCACAUGGUGCUGCCCACUUUCUGAAGGAGAGGUUGUUUGAUCAAAGUGAUGCAUAUAGGAUACAUGUCUGUGAAUGCUGUGGGCUCAUCGCCAUUGCGAAUCUAAAGAAGAAUUCGUUCGAAUGUAGAGGUUGCAAGAACAAAACAGAUAUUGUUCAGGUGCACAUUCCAUAUGCAUGCAAGCUGCUGUUCCAGGAACUUAUGUCGAUGGCAAUUGCGCCAAGGAUGCUUACAAAAGAUGUGAAAUCCGCCAAAGACCAUGGAAAGAAGUGAGCAUGAUGAUACGUUUGUCCAGGCAAAACACUUCUCGGUUAGGAUCCUCGUCCUUGUCUUGCCGGUGGGAGAGAAACCAGUGGCAUUGCUUAACAUUAUGGGGUUUGGUUCCACUGCGUGAGUUCUAAGGACAUUACAAAAAUCAAUCCUCUUUGAAGCAGUUGUCAGAGAGUGGGAUAUGGAGGGAAGGGAGCAAAUGAAAUGGCAGCAACUUCAGGAUACAUGCUCAUCAACUUUGUAAGAUCUUCCUUCUGUAAUUUGUCACUUAACUCUCUUGCAUUUGUUUUUUCAAUGUAAAAUAAGAAGAAAUACUCUUUUUUUUAACGAUCUUAAUCAAGAUGAAUACGAUUUAAGGUACAUAUUUUAUCUGGAUA